AUGAAACGCGAAGCAUUUUUGCAAGUUGUGUCUAAAGAGUCAAUUGAAGACUUCCUGCAUUACACUCAGAAUCCUAAAAAUACAUUUGAUCAUUUUGACUUGAAUGAACUACUUCAAGAAUUGCCAAGAAAGCAAAAAGAAGUGCUAUGGCAGAGACUGACACAGCUAUUGACAGAGAGCUUGAUGGAGAACCCUGUGGAAACAUGGCACAGGACUGGAGAUGAUAAAAGUGAUGAUGACAUGGAAGUUGAGCUAGUUCCAGAAAUGAAACAAACUGUAGCAGUGAUCCAAGGAGUGGCAGCUGUCGUUAUUGCUUCCAUACCUGCAGUGGAUGAAAAUGUAAACUACAAAGCUCUUGCAGAAUGCGCUUUUAUACUAAAUGGUAUUCUUCCUGCAUUACUUGCGUCUGAAAAAAUCCUACAGGAUGCUAUCCAGCAUGUGUGUGAAAUGUGGUGGGAGAAGGGGCUGGAUGGGAAGGAGCAGCUGGGGAAGACUCUGUUUGCCAUUCUACUGAGAAAAAGCCUGAAUAAAGCUGCUACGGGUGCAGAUGUAGUUCGUGUAUGGAAUCUACAUCAGACUUUACUUUGUUUUGAUUAUGAUUCAGAUGAGAGUAAUGAAGUCAAAGACUUGUUGCUUCAGUGUUUUAUGAGUGUAAAACACAUUAAGAAAGAAGAGGGAAGAAGACUCUUGAGUUUUUUGUUCAGCUGGAAUGUAAACUUCAUUAAAAUGAUACAUGGAACUGUUAAAAACCAAUUACAGUUCUUUCCAAGAUCCUUGGUGGAAUACAUUUCAGAAGUUUACUUCAGGGCCUGGAAGAAAGUGUCAGGAGAAUUCAUAGAGGUACUUGAAUAUAACUGCAUUCAGGAUUUCAUGCAUCAUGGAAUUCAUCUUCCCAGAAGUUCUUCUGUUCAUUCUAAAGUUAGAGAGAUUCUGAGUUAUUUUCAUAAACAAAGUAAAGUCCGUCAAGGAGUUGAAGAAAUGCUCUAUAGAUUGUAUCAGCCCAUCCUCUGGAGAGCACUCAAGGCCAGAAACUCAGAAGUUCGAGCAAAUGCAGCAUUUUUGUUUGUUGAUGCUUUUCCUGUUCGUGAUCCCAGUUUUACUGCUGAAGAGAUGGACAGGGAAAUUCAGAAACAGUUUGAAGAACUUUUUAGUCUCUUAGAAGAUCCUCAUCCAGUCGUCCGCUCUACAGGGGUACUUGGAGUUACUCAGAUCAUAUCCAAAUACUGGGAGAUGAUUCCUCCAACAAUUCUUGCUGAUCUUUUAAAAAAGAUAACUGGAGAUCUGGCAUGUGAUAUAACAUCUGCUGAUGUUCGAUGUUCUGUUUUUAAAUGCCUACCAAUAAUUUUGGACAACAAACUAAGUCACCCACUCCUGGAACAGCUCCUGCCUGCAACCAAACACAGUCUUCAUGACAGUUCUGAGAAGGUGCGAGUGGCAUUUGUGGAAAUGCUGCUCAAAGUGAAGGCUACCAAGGCUGCUAAGUUCUGGAAUAUCUGUCCCAUGGAGCAUCUUCUGUCUCGCCUCGAAGCUGACUCUCGGCCGGUGUCGCGGCGCAUCGUGAACCUCCUGCUGAACUCCUUCUUCCCCAGUGCCCAGCCUGAGGAUGUGUGGUGCGAGCGCUGUGUCACUCUGAUCCAGAUGAAUCCAGCAGCAGCCAGGAAGUUCUAUCAAUAUGCCUAUGAAUUCACUGCCCCCACCAAUAUAGCUAAAUUGAUGCUCACUAUUCGGCGCUGCUUGAAUGCCUGCAUCCAGAAAGCAAUGAAAAAUAAUCUUCAUGAUAGUGGGGGUGAUGAUGAAGAUGGAAAUGAAAAGGAGAACAGUGUGUUGGAUAAUGUGUUGUCAGUAAAUGAUGUGGCCAGCAUGGCAAGUUUGUUGGAGAUCACUGUAAUACUCUGGAGAAGCAUCCACAAAGCACUAGAUCACAAUGAAGAUGCCAAAGAUUAUGCUAUCAGGAAGUUUGCUUCUGUACUUCCUGAAUAUUUUAAAAUAUUUCAGGAUGAGCGGUGCAUGGCUCCACUGAUUAUUCUGGCAUCCUUUAUGCCCCCUGCUGCUAUUCCUACAUUCAGCUGUGGUGUGGUUUCCAGACUCAGAAAUAUUGACAGUGGAGCUGACCAAAACAAGUAUUCUAUCCUGAUCGACUGCCUGUGCCGCUGGGGUCAAGUGGGGCACAUUAUGGAAUUAGCCUGUGAUUGGCUGUCUGACUCACUCACCCCUACAAAGAAUACUAAAACAUCUGGGCGUCGUGUACGUAUCCAUAUAACACAGGAAUCAAAGCCAGACUUAGCAAUUGAUUACAUUGAGUAUUUAUUGACUCAUCCUGUCAAUUGUGGUUGCCUACUUUCUGUUCCUAAAAAUAAACUGAAGAAGCUUUUGAAAAUCCUCGGUGCUGCAAAGAGGGUUCUUGGCUCAAUUCUGAAAGGAAUAGAUUCUGGUGGCUGGAAUCAAGCAACCAGCCUAAGAGCCUUCAGCCUCUUUUGCAGAUUGGCUGUUCAUCUUCAGCACAAGUUUUCUGAAGAAGGAGAAGAUCACCUUUCACUUCUGACGAAGACAGGUGCUUGGAUAGAAAGUGAAGUUGUACCUUUUAUACUAGCAAGUGAUGAAGAGGAUGGUAUUUCGAAACAUAAUGAUGUUUCUGAAUUAAUUAUCCAGGUCUACCUGACAGUGUGUAAAGAUGUCAUAAUGGUGGGCCUGGGAAAUGUCAUGUUUCAAGCACACCUUUUAGAAAUGGCCCUUCAAAUUGUGCAAACAGAAAGAGGUGGCUUUUGUGCUCCAGUGUUGCUGUGUGUUCUAAAAGAAAUUAUUGAAGCUUCUUUAAAUCAGAAUACUGAGGCAGAGGAAGUGACAAAUCUUUUCCACACUCUACAGAGCGUCUUUCAGAAAAUUUUAGAAUGUAUGGCACAUAGACUUAAGAAAGGACAGGAAGAAGGAAUUCAGUUGAUUCACUCCAUUCAGAUACCUCUUGGAGAAUUCAUCCAUGCACUUCAGUGCUGGCAUUCCACAUUCCCAGCAGUUCACCAGGGGGUACUCUCCACUCUCCUGGCUGCAAUAGUAGCAGAGAUAAAUUGUGUGCUACAGAAGGCUUCCAGUGAAAAAGACUUGACUAUGCCAAAGAGUAUUUCAGACCUUCCCCCUCUUUCAAGCAGUUUAAUGACUGUAAUUAUGAAGUCAGUUAAUGUUGUCAGGUCAAUUUUAAAUGAAUUAAUGGAGUCCAUUCUCUCUGAAGAAAUUGAAGGGAUUUUUAGUCUAACAGCUACUGUCUGCAUUGUGAUUCUAAUUAAAGGUAAGCACAAAACUUCACUUCUAAAGGAUAUUGCACCUGCCAUUCAAAGGAAGCUGAUAAUAUGCAAGGAUGCUGCCACAGGAGAAUCCACAGGCAUUGAAAGAUUCCUGUGUGAAUCAUCUCUGAAAAUUUUGGAUGAGUUUUUCAAUCCUUGAGCACGCAGAAGCUUUUGUCAUGAAAA